AUGGGUCUCCAGAUCUAUGACUUUGUCUCCUUCUUCUUCACCAUCCUCCUCGACAUCUUCUUUCGAGAGAUUCAAACCCGCGGUGCCCACAAGGUCCCUAAACAGGGACCUGUCAUCUUUGUCGCUGGUCCUCAUGCCAACCAGUUUGUUGACCCCAUCGUGCUGAUGCGCGAGUGCGGUAGACGCAUCUCGUUCUUGGCCGCCAAAAAGUCCAUGGACCUCAAGUGGAUCGGUCUCAUGGGACGAUCGAUGAACGCAAUCCCUGUUGAGCGCCCUCAGGACGUGGCCAAGGUCGGCUCGGGAACUAUCAAGCUUGGAGACCGCUACAGUGACCCUCUUCGCGUCAUUGGACUUGGUACGAAGUUUACAAAGGAACUCAUGGUGGGCGAUCAGAUUGUUCUCCCCAAGGAUAUCGGCGCCUCGGCUGUUGUCGAGAUUAUCUCUGACACCGAGCUCAUCGUCAAGAAGGAGUUCAGGGAAUUGAAGGCCAUCGAGGCCUUGACCAGCACCGAUGGAUCAAAGUACAAAUGCAUGCCCCACAUGGACCAGUCCAAUGUCUACAAGACUGUCUUUGAGCGUCUCAAUGCUGGCCACUGCGUCGGUAUCUUCCCCGAAGGUGGAUCCCACGAUCGUGCCGAGAUGUUACCAUUGAAAGCUGGUGUUACCAUCAUGGCUUUGGGUGCUUUGGCUGCCAACCCUUCUCUCGAUCUCAAGAUUGUCACUUGUGGACUCAACUAUUUCCACCCUCACCGCUUCCGAUCCCGCGCCGUCGUCGAGUUUGGCGAGCCUCUCACCGUUCCCCCAGAGCUCGUUGAAAUGUACAAGAAAGGAGGCGCAGACAAGCGUGAAGCCUGUGGAAAGCUCUUGGAUACUAUUUAUGAUGCUCUGAAGAACGUUACUCUCAACUCUCCUGAUUACGAAACCCUCAUGGUAAUCCAAGCGGCUCGCCGUUUGUACAAGCCUACCCAUCGUAAACUUCAAAUUUCCCAGGUCGUCGAGCUCAACCGCCGUUUCGUUGCUGGUUACUUGCGCUUCAAAGACAACCCAAAGGUGAUUGAGACCAAGGACAAGGUCAUGCAUUACAACACUCAGCUUCGCUACCAUGGACUCCGCGAUCACCAAGUCAACAUCCACACCACCAGGAGGCAUGCCAUUGAACUUCUGAUUACCAGAAUCACCCAGAUGAUAUUUUUGAGUCUUUUGGCCUUGCCUGGAACUCUUAUGAACCUUCCUGUCGCCAUUGUCGCCCGAUACAUCAGUAACAAGAAGGCCAGAGAGGCUCUGGCUGCAUCGACUGUCAAGAUUGCAGGACGGGACGUUUUGGCUACAUGGAAACUCUUGGUCGCCCUUGGAUUGAUGCCCGUCCUCUACUUUUCCUACUCUGUGAUCGUCCUUAUUCUCUGUGGACAACUCGAUAUCUCGCUCACGACCCGGCUCUUCAUUGCCUGGGCAGCCUGGGCCUGUAUUCCCUUUAUGACCUAUGCCAGCAUCCGGUUCGGAGAGGUUGGUGUUGAUAUUUUCAAGUCGAUUCGUCCCUUGUUCUUGUCCAUCAUCCCUGGUGAGGAGAACACGAUGAACGAGCUCCGACGAUCGCGUGCUGAACUCCAGAGGACCAUUACGGCGCUCAUUAAUGAACUCGCACCAGAGAUUUAUCCCGAUUUUGAUUCCAAGCGGAUUUUGGAUCCUUCUCCCAACGACCGCCCUAGCCGCGGUGCGUCACGCUCUGCAUCUGGCACCAACCUGGCCCAGACCAUCUUCAAUACUAUGAACACGGCCACACAACCCAUCAACCAGUGGCUCGGCAUGGAUGGGCGGUUUGAAUGGGAACGCGCGGACGAUUCGGAUGCGGACGACGUCUUCUUCUUCUUGAACCCCGCCGGUGCGGUCCAAGGACGAUCUCGGACGUCUUCUUGGGGUACUGGCGCUUGGACUCCCAACGCCGACGGUUCACGAUCCAGGAACCGCAGUCGGACAAGCUCUUUCGCAUCUGGUCAGAUCCAGCUGGGUGAAGGGUUCAAGUUGGAGGCAUUGACAGAGUUGCCCAAGGACAAACCCUUUGCCGAGGUGACGCGUAGGUUGAGCUUGACUCGGAAAAACAAGCAUGGAGUUUUGGGCGAUAUGACGAAGGGAGGUGCGCUGGAGAUUGAGAACGGUGGAGGGUUCAUGCAUGAUGGUCACUUUGUCAGCACGCCGCCCAUCACUGUCCAGAACAUGGACGAUCCCAUGAAUGCUGUCAGGACCAAGGAGGCAUAA